GGGCGUCAGGGACGAGAGAGGCAACCAAAGAGGAAAACAAGGAAGGCAAUGCUUAGGAUCCAUUCGCUGGAAAAGAUCCAGAUAGUCUCCGAAAUCGAUAGGUCGCGAAUACAUUUGCCCCAAGAUCGUUCCACAGGAAUUUUGUCUCGCGAUUUUCAUCGCGAUCUACCAAAUUGUUCGUUCUCCAAAUAAUUCUCUGUGUGCGAUGUAUGCACGAUAUCAGACGUGCAAUGUGUUCAAGCGUAAGAGGGACGCGUACAGGAGAUUUUAUUGUGGUUGUCUCGUGGGGAACAGGCCUGGAGAAAACGAGGGCCCCCCGAGGCCCUUCAGCGACGUGCCUGGACCAAAGUCUUCGCCCAUUAUCGGGACGUUGUACAAAUAUUUGCCUGGCAUCGGGGAAUACAGUUUCACCGAGCUGUACGAAAGCGGACUGAAAAAAUUAAAACGAUUUGGACCGCUCGUCCGGGAAGAAAUUGUGCCAAAUGUGAACGUUCUGUGGAUUUAUAGACCAGAGGACAUCGCUGAGAUUUUUAAAGCUGAAUCUGGAUUGCAUCCAGAAAGAAGAAGUCAUUUGGCACUUCUGAAGUAUAGGAAAGACAGGCCUGAUUUGUACAGCACUGGGGGCCUCUUGCCCACGAAUGGACCAGAAUGGUGGAGACUCCGAAAAGAAUUCCAAAAAGUUUCCAGCAAACCGCAAAAUAUAAUAAAUUAUAUAGAAGAAACGGACAACGUUGUAAAAGAAUUCGUCGAACUGUGCGCCACGAAGAAAUUCGAAGAUCUUCAACCGAUUUUAUCACGUUUAUACCUCGAAUUAACGUGCUUAGUCGUCUUCGAUAUAAAACUAAACAGUUUCUCCGAAGAAGAAAAACAUGAAGAUUCUAGAAGCUCGAAACUAAUAGACGCUGCUUUCGCAACUAAUAGCGCGAUUUUGAAAUUGGACAAUGGUCUCCAAUUAUGGCAAUUUUUUGAAACGCCCCUGUAUAGAAAAUUACGCAAAGCACAGACGUAUAUGCAAUCCGUUGCAUUAGAUUUAGUAUCCCAAGCAAGGAGAAACAAAUCUCAUCAAAACAAAUCAUUCCUAAACGCCUAUUUCGAAAACUCUGCCUUGGAUAUCAAGGACAUUAUAGGCAUGUCUUGUGACAUGCUCCUAGCUGGUAUUGACACUACCACUUACAGCACAGCUUUCACCUUUUACCACCUAGCAAAAAAUCAAGUUGCACAAGAAAAACUAAGAACAGAAGCUGAGCAAUUGUUACCUGAUCCUAAUCAACCAAUUACAGCAGAUAUUUUACGAAACGCUUCUUACACAAAGGCUGUUAUAAAAGAAAGUUUGAGAUUGAAUCCUAUUUCUGUUGGAGUUGGUCGUAUAUUGCAGACUGAUGUUGUUCUCAGUGGUUAUCAAGUGCCUAAAGGAACAGUGGUGGUGACACAGAAUCAGAUAAUCUGCAGGCUCCCAGAGUACUUUGACAGUCCACACUUAUUCAUCCCAGAAAGAUGGCUUCGCGACGGUUCAGACAGCAAAAUUGGCAGUGGAAAAUCAGUACACCCAUACAUUGUGCUGCCAUUUGGCCACGGACCCCGUUCAUGCAUCGCCAGGCGAUUUGCUGAACAAAAUAUGCAAGUGUUACUAUUAAGAAUAUGCCGGCAGCUCAAGUUCUCUUGGCAAGGUGGCCAGCUCGGCAUAAUAUCGCUACUAAUCAACAAGCCAAACGCACCAAUCAAACUAAACUUUCACACCACUUAAAAUGCUAAAGAGAAUAGACUACUGAGAAAAGAACACGUUCCAUUUUAUUGUAUAGCUAUGAUUAACAAUUAAAUUAAAUCGAUAAUACAAUAUUCUUAUGCAAUUAA